AUGGACGUCAACGCCUCGUGGACGUCGCCCAGCUGGGCGGAGUUGGCCUCUCUCAAAUUGCCAACUUCUCUGCCGACAUCGAAUUCGGCGCUCUACUGGCUUGCUCUCAUCGUUGUCGCCUCUGUGGUUGCUGUGUCCCCACUUCGCAAGUCGUUCCAGUCUGCCGAGAUCUAUCCCGUCAUCAACAAGACCAAGGAAGAGUACCUAAAAGAUGGAAAGGGUCUUCUUGCGAGAGGAGCAAAGGAACACGGCGGGAAGCCCUUUCGGGUGUAUACCGGGCAGGGCACGAUGACGAUCCUGGCCCCCGAAUUUGCCAUGGAGGUUCGGAAUGAUAAUCGGUUGAGCUCGACGGAGUUCUUGUUGGCUCUCUCCAGCCAACUAUCCGAAGAGGCUUCAGAUGCGCUCCGCGACGUCUUCACAGACAACGAAGAAUGGCACGAAAUAACCCUCGCCCAAGCCAUCCCUCAAAUCGUCGCCCGCGUCUCCGCCCUCGUCUUCCUCGGCCCAGAACUCUGCCGCGACCCGCGCUGGCUCAACAUCACAAUGACCUACCCCAGCAAAGCCAUGGCGGCCGCCAAAGUCCUGCGCUCCUACCCGUCGCCGAUCCGGCGCCUCGUGCACUGGUUCCUGCCUUGCUGCCGCGAGCUGCGGCAGAUGCUGCGCACGGCGUGCCGCGCGAUCGAGCCCAUCCAGCAGCGGCGCCGCGAACAGGAGGCCGAGGGCGUGGUGUUCAGCAACGCGCUCGCGUGGAUCGAGAAGCUGGCGAAGAAGCAGCAGGACCGCACGGCGCAGAACGCGGCGUAUCAGCAGCUGGGGCUGAGUAUCUUGGCGAACGCGUCGAGCACGGAUCUGGUUUCGCAGAAUAUUCUGGAUUUGUGUUUGAAUGAGGAGUUGAUUGAGCCGUUGAGGGAGGAGGUGAAGAAGGUUGCGGCUGAGGGGUGGAAGAGCUCUGCGCUGUAUAACUUGAGGUUGAUGGAUAGUGUGUUGAAGGAGACGCUGCGGUUGAAGCCGAUCGCGACUGUCGCGCUAGGCCGUCGUGUGAUGGAAGACAACGUCAAGUUGAGCGACGGCAGCGUUCUUCCCCGGACUACGGGCGUGGCAGUUUCCUCCGCAAACAUGUGGGAUCCUGAAAUUUAUCCCAACCCCGACAAGUUCGACGGCUACCGCUUCCUGCGCAUGCGCGAGGCCGGCAACAACGAGCACAUUGCGCAACUAGCCAGCGUGUCUCCUGAGCACCUGGGCUUUGGCUUGGGAGCUCACGCCUGUCCCGGCCGCUUCUUCGGUGCGAGCACGACCAAGCUGGUCAUGGCACACUUCUUGCUCAAGUAUGAGUUCAAGCUGCCGAACGACGACAUGACCGCCGUCGAUCCCAUGCGCUUCGGAUUCUCGACGUUGGUGAACCCAAGGGCGAAGAUUCUGAUUCGUCGGAGGAAAGAUGUGGCUUGA